AGUAUAUGUAUACUUGCAAAAAAAGUAGUAACUUUAAGUUUAGGAAUACUUGGACAUGCAACUUUUGAUAGUAGCUGGUGUUUUAGCUCUUGCCACGGUGGCAUACGGUCAGAGCAAUGUUGAGCUACAUGCCCUCACUGAAUCUCUGUGGAGUAGUGAUGUCAAUAGAGCGAGCAAUAAUGAUGUACAGUUCAGCACGGGUGGAUCAACCCUCUACACAUAUGUCAACCCAUCCGUACUGAGUCGACCAACAUUUGCCGCAUUCCGCGCACUUUUGGACAACUACAUUCCCGAAAUAGGAAUCGAAGAACCUCCCUGCGCUCAGUGUAGACAAGAGGAAGAUGCUUUCAUAAAUGCUAUUCUUGACACAGAUGUUAUGCAGCAGGCAUGGGACUUCCUCGUCACUCAUGGUUUUGCAAGUUCAGAUAGAAACUCAUUUGUCCAACAAUUGAAAGACACGUGGUUCCUAAAGUACUCUAGAUCUCAGGGCAGAGCCAUGGAUAGCUCUGGGUUCGAGCACGUGUUCGUGGGUGAGAUCCGUAAUGGGGGCAUCACAGGAUUCCAUAGCUGGGUCCAAUACUAUCAGGAGGAACAGGCCGGGGAGACUGAACUCUUUGGGGAAAUUGAGCGAUGUAAUCCUCAUCCAAUUCUGACCGUCUCUCAUUCUUGGCUAGGUGCUUUCAAAGAAAUUGGUGGAUGGUAUAUGAGAGCAAGUCCUGAGUUUGAGAUCGCUGUCUUCACAGUAUGCUUCAACGCCAGGAGGAAUGUUGGUUGCAACAUUAUGUUGGAUGGCUAUCCAAGCAUAGAUAUGGGUAAACUUAAGGAUAUCCCAAUAUUCUGGCUGAAAAAGACAGUAACCAAGGUGAUGGUGAAUGAUUUCAAUAAGAAUGGGGUGUGGGACGCAGAGGACUGUAAGACUGCAGCUGAGAAGAUUAUCAAAAUAGGAAAUCUCACAGGAGCCAAAGCUGAGGAGGUCCUUACGUUUUAUUGUGAAAACAUGCCGUCAUAUUUUCAAACCGCGACCAACAUAACACAAUGGAUCAUUGACGACAAUAAUUAUCGAAAUGAUCCGAACAGCCCACCCACAGUCGAUGAGUGGGGUGAAAAAUGGUUCGGAGUCCUGGAUUUGGAUGGAGAUGGUAUCAUUGAUAUGGCAGAAUACAAGGUUUUCUGGGAUGCCUAUGGCCUAGACCCCGAUUACUUGAAGCCUCAAUUUGACUUCAUUGAUACGGAUGGAAAUGGCAAAAUAUCAUGUCAGGAGUUUGUUAAAGCAAGUUCUGACUAUUUUUAUGACACUGAUGAAAACGCUAACAUGUUUUGGGGACCUAUCAAAGACUUUAAGAUGAUUUAAGGACAAUAAGAUACUAGCAAAGCUGCUGUCAUACUUGAAAAUACAUGUACAACUGUACCUGCUUUUAAAAUA